UUCUGUCCACAUUUCCUCGAGAUGUAACCUUCCAAGGGGCUCCUCUGAGCAGCAAUUUACCGCCCAAGCCAGUUAGUCUGUGACCUCUGAAUGUCGUCGGCCAGAGUAGGAAAAUAAGUGUACAAUGGAGGGGGAGAAUCGAAACGCACUCACGACUAGGUGUGAGAUGAUUAUUCAAAUUGGCUGCGAGGAAAUUUGGAUUGGAGGUUGGUGUGGCGCGCACACAGCUAUAUCACAGUUCACCGCCAGCCAUCCACGUCACUUCAAGCCACUGUCAUCACAAGCCGCUUCGGAUCGCUUCUGGCGGCAGUUUACAGCAGCCAGCGCUUUUCAAAUAACCCUAUUUCGCAAUCCGACACAGGGGGGUGAUCCGGCGCCCGGGAUCUUUUUUUUCUCUCUCUCAGCAGGAACUUUUCUCUCUGUCUCUCUGCCUCCCGAUUGUUCGCAUGCAUUCUACCUCCAGCAUGCUAGGCGCAGUGAAAAUGGAAGGACACGAACACACGGACUGGAGCUCCUACUAUGCAGAGCCCGAGGGUUAUCCCUCCGUGAGCAACAUGAACCCGGGGAUUGGAAUGAAUGGCAUGAACACUUACAUGAGUAUGUCUGCUAUGGGUACCACGGCCAACAUGACGGCGGGUUCCAUGAACAUGUCUUACGUGGGCACCGGUAUGAGCCCGGCCAUGACCGGCAUGUCUCCCGGUGCAGGAGCAAUGAACGGCAUGGGAGCCGGGAUGACGGCCCUUAGCCCCAGCAUGAGCCCCAUGAACGCUCAGGCCGGAUCUAUGAACGCUCUGACCUCCUACACCAACAUGAGCAUGAGCCCGAUGUACGGCCAGUCCAACCUCAACAGAUCAAGGGAUCCCAAGACCUACCGCCGCAGUUACACCCACGCGAAGCCUCCUUACUCAUACAUCUCCCUCAUAACCAUGGCCAUCCAGCAAUCUCCGAGCAAGAUGUUAACCCUGAGCGAAAUCUACCAAUGGAUCAUGGACCUCUUUCCUUUCUACCGCCAGAACCAGCAGCGCUGGCAGAACUCCAUCCGCCACUCUCUGUCCUUCAACGAUUGCUUCCUCAAGGUGCCCAGGUCUCCGGACAAGCCGGGGAAAGGCUCGUUCUGGACCCUGCACCCCGACUCUGGCAACAUGUUCGAGAACGGCUGCUACCUCCGGAGGCAGAAGCGCUUCAAGUGCGACAAGAAGCUAGCGGUAAAAGGGUCUCAGGACCCGAAUAGGAAAGGCACGGAGGCGGGCUCCGCCGGCAGCGGUAACAGCAGCUCAGAGAGCAGCGCCGGGAACGAGUCCCCGCAUUCCAGCGGCUCCCCGGGAAGCGAGCAGAAGAGGUCCAUGGUGGACCUGAAGCCCACCUCUGGUCUCAGCCCGGAGCACACUCACGCCGUCAACGUGGUGUCUCAAGCCCAGCAACACUUGAUGCACCACCAGCACCACUCGGUCCUGUCUCACAUCCCCGCGGAAGCCCAGGGUCACCUUAAACCAGACCACCAUUACUCAUUCAACCACCCGUUCUCAAUCAACAACUUAAUGUCUUCCGAGCAACAGCACCACAAAAUGGACUUGAAGGCCUACGAACAGGUGAUGCACUAUUCCAAUUACAACUCCCCAAUGUCUACCAAUCUCCCAAUGAACCCCAAAACGGUCUUAGAGUCGACAGCCAUUGCGGGCGACCCGUCCUACUACCAAGGUGUGUAUUCCAGACCCAUCAUGAACUCCUCUUAAAAAACAAAACUUUCCACGCACAUAAAGACUUUGCGACUGUGUACAUUUUGUAAUAAUAAUUGAAAAAAAAAUUGUUGUUUGUGGCCAAGUAUUGGAAAAAAAUAUUUUUGAUGUUUUCAAACUGUUAAUUGUCAGGUUGUUUUUAGCGAUUUCGUUUUAGAGGGGUGGGGUGGGUAUGGGAAGGAAGGGGGCAGGUUAGAUGGUAUUGUGCUGCGAGCACCGUUUUAAAUGGGGUUUUUUUUUUGUUAAACUACAGAGGGGUUCAGAAUAAGGCAACGUAUCCAUUAUAUUUCUGUGUACAGUUUAGAAUGCACCCUGUAACUUUCCAACGAGGACCCAAAACGAGCAGUCCUUUCCUUUGCAACACAACUAAAUAUAACCAAACCCAUGAAGGAACAUUGCCACCAUUUUAAACGACAACAACCAAAAAAUCAACGAGUAAUUUAUGGUUUGUGUAUGCUUUAUUUAUGACUUGCAUACGUCUGUUUUGGUAGCGGACUACCAACAUUUCAGAAUAUAUAUUCGAAAGAAGUGUUAAAUGUUAGAUGUACACAACUAAUUCUGUCAAACCGCAGUGGCGACUUUUGUCCCGCUAGCUCCCGUAAGCGAAAAGUUCAUUGUUCACAAAUCGUUGCACUUUUGGUAAUUUCAUAAAAUUGUCCAAAGCUCCCCGCAAUCCCGGGGGCCGGCGACUUCAUAAUUCCCAUUUUGCUACACGACCCGAAAGUGACUUAAUUUAUUGUUAAACUGUAGAUCUUAGUGCGGAGGAUAUAUAUAUGUUUUCUUUUUGCUUUCCGUUGUAAGAAAUUUAAAAAAGAAACUUUUUUUCCCUCUCUCUCUCUUUCUCUUUCGCGUUGAAAUGUUAACAAUUUAUAAAAAAGACAAGUGUAAUAACACACACACAAAAAAUAAACGAACAUAUUUUCCUCCGA